ACUCCUAUCAAAGGGAUCGAAGUCCGACUUCUUUGUGUGCGCCAUAUCUCCCCAUCAACGCUUCCGAGGAACUCCAAACCACGUCGAACGCGAAGAAAAACAAUGUGCUCACCAUCACCCGGUAAAAGCAGGAUCGACCGCGAUGUAAUAAAACUAAUCGAGAGCAAUCACGACGUAACGAUACUCAGCGGACUGAACGAGUUCUACGUCAAGUUUUUUGGCCCACCAGGAACGCCGUACGAAGGCGGAGUGUGGAAGGUGCGCGUCGAUCUGCCCGACAAGUAUCCGUUCAAGUCGCCGUCGAUUGGAUUUAUGAAUAGGAUCUACCAUCCAAACAUCGACGAAGCAUCUGGUACUGUUUGUCUCGAUGUCAUCAAUCAGGCAUGGACGGCGUUAUAUGAUUUGAAGAAUAUAUUUGAGGCGUUUUUGCCACAGCUGCUUGCUUAUCCGAACCCAACGGAUCCGCUGAAUGGCGAUGCCGCUGCACUUUAUUUACACAAGCCAGAGCAGUAUAAAUUGAAAAUAACAGAUUAUGUGAAGAAGUAUGCGACAGAAGAGGCGCUAAAACAACAAGAAAAGGAGUCGUCAUCAAGUGAAAGCUCAAUGAGUGAUUUCUCCGAAGACGAAGCAGAAGGAAUGGACCUAUAGUAUACUAUAACGAGCACUGGAAUCUAUUCUAUAGUUGAGUCAACAUACUGUAGUGUUACUGUCACCUAAUAGCGUGUAGUUUGUACAUACAAUAGUAAGUGUGUUCUUCACUCUUGUACUUCUUGUACAGAAUUGCUUGGCAAUUGCAAUCAAAUCUAUGGUAUUUUCUUGUCAUGAUCUUUACUGUA